UGAUGCCAUCAUGUUGCCGAGUCAUGCUGAUACGGUUAGAUGUUUGGAAGUAAACAACAGGAACAGAAUAGCUUAGCAUGAGACCAGGUCGUCCCUCGGAGCUGCUAAGAAGUGUGCAAAGUCCUUCACCUGUCGUUGCACCUUUUUGCAAGUAAUGGGUUGGGAUGAUUGGGCAGCAUUUUGGCGGGCAACUAAGUCGGUAGGUCGCAAGAGCCAUGUGGUUGGUUGCAUGGGUAAUCGAGUAAUGAUGGAGCCUGACGUGUCUUUGUUUUUGUCUUGGAUCUUGUCUUUGAUUUCGUAGCGGCAGCGGUAAAGAUUGGUUUAUUAUCCUCUGAUCUCGUCUUUCAAGAUAAACAGGAACCGGUAUUCUCAGCAAAGCAAUGUCAACACCGCGGCAGCGUGUGCGGCCGUCAAACUCGCCCAUGCACAACAACGAUGCUCACCGCAAAGCCCGUGAAGCUUCUCUCAACGCCUUGACAGGAAACACGACUUCAUCACCUGGACUCUCAUCAACAAUGGCCGACUCGUCUGUCGCCUUGGGCGACAUGGUCAAUGUUCCUGGCGACAUGUACGGCACAGUCAAGUUCGUCGGGCCUGUCAGGGGCAAGCAGGGCAAAUUCAUUGGUGUCGAGCUGGCCGGCGAGUUUGCUGCCAGAGGAAAGAAUGACGGCGAUGUCGACGGCAUCCGCUACUUCGACACGGACGUCCCUGGAGCUGGUAUCUUCUUGCCUGUGCACCGCGCAGAGAAGCGCCAAUCGCCUGCGCGCUCGCGUCCGGCCUACCCUGGCACUCCCAGUACACCGUCGCAAUAUCGUCUCGACUCCUACACCCCUCCGACAGCUGCUAUGCCCAAGUUCUCGCAAUCCAUGGGUCCUGGUGCCCGUCCUCCGAGCCCUCUAUCUAAACUCAAGUCUCGUCGACCAUCGCUACCACGCCCCGAAUCUCCCUUCCGCAAACAGCCCAACCUGGUUCCGACCCCUGCUCGUAACUUCUCCAUGAGCCAAAGGUCCGCUGUUCCUCCACGCUUCACCUCGAGUCCCGCACCACCUCUGUCAACCACCCCUCGUGCUGCUAGCCGAUCCGCUGCGCCUUCGCGUCCCUAUUCGCGCACUGGCUCUCGCGUUGGCAAUCGUCCUUCGACCAGUUCUGCCGCUUCCAUUGCUAGACGCUCUCCGUCCCGUCAAGUCACUGUCGAUCAAGAUGGCGAGGUACAAAGGCUGCUCGCCCAACUCGAGGAAAAAGACAGACAGCUGCAAGAACAGGCCGGAUCACUGGUAGAGAUGGAAGCCAGUCUGAAAGAGAUCCAAGAGCUGAUACCUGGUGACGAUGAGGACACUUCUGAUGUCUUUGAGUUGCGUCAAGCUGUGCAUGAUAGGGAAGACAAGAUUCAGUCGCUGAUUGAUGAGUUUGACGCCCAUCGUGCAGACUUCCGCAGCACAAUAGAUACACUAGAGCUUGCUUCUGCCGAGACGGAGCGUGUGUAUGAGGCGAAGAUUGCCGACCUGCUUGCCGAAAUUCAGGAGUUGCGCGAGCUUGGUCACAGCCGUGAAGAUGUCGAGAAUGUUGCUCGCCAACUUAAGGGGUUGGAAGAGCUUGUUGCAGAACUUGAGGAGGGCCUGGAAGACGCAAGACGUGGAGAAGCAGAAGCUCGAGGGGAGGUAGAGUUCUUGAGAGGAGAAGUCGAAAGAGGGCGUAGCGAGCUGAGGCGUGAAAGGGAGAAGGCUGCCAAAGCACUUCAAGGAGCUAAAGAAGCAGAAGGCUCCGGAUCUCGAGACAAGGACGUUGAGUUGAAGGAUGAUGAGAUUAGAGGUCUCAAAGCCAUUAUACACUCUCUCAGCUCUGGUCCAGAGUCAAGUCCCAUGGCACGCCAGAGCCCAGCAUCUGGUCGAUUUGCCGAUCCCGAAGAGCUGAAGAAAACGCAAGCAACAGUCCAGCAACUUGAGCGUGAAAAGUCGGAACUCCAAGGAUUGAUCGACAGAAAAGCAUACAGAGAGGAGGAACUGGAACGUGCUGUCGAGCAAUUGAGACGGGCAGCUGAGCAAGAAAGAGACAGCAUCAUGAACACCGAAGCUGCCGCAGAAGAGAUGCCGCGCCACCACUUGACAAGAUCCCCCGAAGCUGUUAGAUCUCCUACCAGAUACAGAUCUUCACGAGAAGACGAUGGCCAGCAAACCAAUGGUAGUCACGAAGCGCAUGCAGAGCACCCCGAAUCAGAGGAUGAGCUGUCGCGACGUAUGCGAGGCUUGGACGUUUCGACCUCCAGCAGAGACAGAUACAACGACAAGCUAGAAGCUCCUGCACCACUUUCUCUGAGGAAGACACUGAGCAACACUAGCUACAACGAUGUCACCGAGAAGCCCACUGAGACCCCAACUGCACAUGUAGCAGAGGCUGAUACAGACAAGUGGUGCGCACUAUGCGAAAAGGAUGGCCAUCUAGCGUUUGACUGUCCCGAUGAGCAGUACUGAGCAGCUCUAAACCCAUAGAACAACUUAUCCUGUAUAGAUGAAUACAUCAG